AUGCAGCAACAGGAUGCACUCGGUGCUUUGCUGCACCUUUCCGUCGCCCUAGACCAGAUUGGGCCCGAGACGGUUUUCUGGAGCCCACGAAGCUGGAAUACCUGGCACCUGGAACGGGGCCUUACUCACCACCCCCCUCCCUCUCCGAACAAUACCGGUCAGACGGGUUUUGAAUACCACGCUGAUCGGGGUGAUAUUUCCGAGUUUCAUUCGUCUCAGCCCUGCAACCAAACCGAUCACUGCGCUGGGUCUGGGUCCCGCUCAGGAUCGGCGAAAAACGACGUGGUCGGUUCGGCGCCGCUGAUGGUACCAUUAACGGUGUUUUGCAGCUCGCUUCUAGCCUCCCUGCUCGUAUACCUUGGCGGGGCCGCAGGUCCGAGAUAUCAUAUACAAUAG